GUCCCAAAUGAGUUCUCACAGUGUAGGAAGAAAUAGUAGGAGCGUCAGAAGCAUUAAAUGCACUAUAAGGCACUAAACCCGAUUUGUUUGGUUUGGUGUUUUCCAACAUGGCUGUACCUACUACAAUAACACUGAAUCCAAGUACAGAUGAAGAACUGUACUGCACCGGAUAUCUCACUAGCAAGUGUCGCCUUGUGCUCCAUUACAUACUCUCAGUCUGCACUCUGGGUCUAUGGCUCCUGCUCAUGUACUGGAAGCCAGAGUGGGAAAUACGCUCAAAGAAAUUAAAAUGCUCAAUAAAUAAGGCUGAUAGUGUUCUUUUAAAGGAUUCUUUUGGAGCAUAUUAUACAGAAUGUGUGGUAGUUACUUCAAUCGAAAACAUAACAUUGUUUUCUCAGUAUGUGUACAGUGGAGACAGUGGAGACCUUGAGAGCUCAGAUGAUGAAUUAAAUGACACAACAGCUCUCACGAGGAAUAAUAGGACUACAAAGUCUAUACGUUACUUUGACCAUAAAUGUGUUCGCUAUAUCUGGGAUCCUUGUAAGAAUGAGUUUGCUCCUCUACCUGGGUUAGAUAGGGAUGUAAAAUGCUUAGACUUUCAUAAUGAGUACAAAGGAAUGUCUUCCAGAGUGCAGAACCAGUUACGUAAGGUUUAUGACAAGAAUUCCAUUGACAUUGAGGUGAAACCAAUAUUUAAACUAUUUAUUGAAGAGGUGAUGAACCCAUUCUAUAUCUUCCAAAUAGCCAGCAUUACACUGUGGAUGACUGAUAGCUACUACUGGUAUGCUGCCUGUAUCUUCCUCAUCUCUUCCAUCAGUAUAGGCGUCUCACUUUAUGAAACUAGGAAGCAAAGGAUCACAUUACGAGAUAUGGUGUCCUCACAUCACACUCAGAUAGAAGUGUGCCGUGGAGAUGGAGUCUAUGAGGAGACUGACAGCUGUGAUCUUGUGCCUGGGGAUGUGAUUGUUGUUCCUUCUAAGGGGUGUGUCAUGGCAUGUGAUGCUGUACUCAUUGCGGGAAACUGUAUUGUCAAUGAAAGUAUGCUCACUGGUGAAAGUGUUCCAGUGACUAAGACUCCCUUAGCUCACCAGGAGGAUAGUGAGAUAUACUCACCCAUAGAGCACAAACGUCAUACCCUAUUCUCUGGGACUCAAGUUAUACAGACUCGUUACUAUGGCAGCUCUAAGGUCUGUGCUGUUGUCGUGAGAACAGGUUUCUCCACUGCCAAAGGAGAUCUAGUCCGCUCAAUUCUAUUUCCAAAACCAAUGGGCUUCCAAUUUUACAAGGACUCUAUGAAGUUUAUAGGCUUUUUAGCAUGCUUAGCAGGACUAGGGAUGAUUUACAGUAUUGCAGUGUACAUAAGAGACAAGGCCACCAUAUCCAAAACCAUAAUCCGUGCAUUAGACAUAAUAACCAUAGCUGUGCCGCCAGCCUUGCCAGCUGCGAUGACUGUUGGAACAGUGUAUGCGCAAAACAGACUCAAGAAAGCAGGCAUAUUUUGCAUAAGUCCACCUAGGAUCAAUAUAUGUGGCAAAUUAAAGCUCAUAUGUUUUGACAAGACAGGGACACUUACUGAAGAUGGUUUGGAUUUAUGGGGAGUUGUCCCUUUACAAGAUAAAAGAUUUUUACCUGUUGAACAAGACCCCAGUGAGAUGCCAAGGGGUCCAUUUCUAGUUGCCAUGGCAUCAUGUCAUUCUCUAACUAUGAUUGAUGGAGAGCUUACUGGGGACCCCUUAGACUUGAAAAUGUUUGAAUCUACAAACUGGCUACUGGAGGAACCGGGCAGUGAUACCAGUAAAUUUGAGCAGAUAGUUCCCACCAUUGUGAAACCGUGCACAAGAGAUACAUACUAUAGUGACGACCGUAACCAAACUGCAGAGACAGUUAUUGGGACUCAAAUGGAGGUGGGAAUUGUCCGCCAGUUCACAUUUUCCUCUGCCCUCCAGAGAAUGAGUGUCAUCACCCGAACAUUGGGGAGAGCUAACAUGGAGAUAUACUGUAAAGGGGCCCCAGAGAAAAUUGCCAACAUGUGCAGGAAAGAUUCAAUACCUGAGGAUUUCCAGCAAACUCUACACAGGUACACCAUGCAGGGUUUCAGGGUGAUAGCCCUGGCCUGGAAACCAUUAGACCCUAAACUAACAUGGCACCAGUCACAAAGAAUAUCAAGGGAUAAGGUUGAAGUGGACCUCUUAUUUCUGGGUUUGAUAAUCAUGCAGAACACACUGAAGCCUGAGACGACACCAGUCAUCAACCAGUUGAAUGAUGCAAAUAUCAGGACUGUCAUGGUCACAGGUGACAAUAUGCUGACUGCAGUGAGUGUGGCUAGGGACUGUGGUAUGGUACCUCCAGGUGACAAAGUGGUGCUGGUGGACGCCUACCCUUCAGACUCUGGUAAACCUGCCAGGAUAGAGUGGAACUACACUGAGCCCAUAGACCAGGAAGAAGAGGAGGCUAGUGCAACACAUAUUUCACAGUCUACAUACAAGAAUAAUUAUCAGUCCAUUGACAUGAGUGACCCUAGCUCUCAGAAUUUCCACUUUGCUAUAACUGGCAAAUCAUUUGCAGUUGUGAGGAACAGCUUUCCCAAGUUAAUGGACAGGUUAUGUCUUAAAGGAACUGUGUUUGCUCGUAUGUCCCCUGAUCAAAAGAGUCAGCUGGUGGAACACCUACAGGAUAUGAGCUACAUUGUAGGCAUGUGUGGAGAUGGAGCUAACGACUGUGGGGCAUUAAAAGCUGCCCAUGCUGGAAUCUCUCUCUCUGAAGCUGAAGCAUCAGUAGCCUCGCCAUUUACCUCCAACCAGAACAACAUUGAGUGUGUGCCGACUGUGAUCAGGGAGGGAAGGGCAGCCUUGGUUACCUCAUUUGGUGUAUUCAAGUACAUGGCCUUGUAUUGUAUGGUUCAGUUUGUAUCCGUCCUCAUGUUAUACUCAAAACAAAGUAAUUUAGGUGAUCUCCAGUUUCUUUACAUUGAUCUGGUCAUCACAACAACAGUUGCAAUCCUUAUGGGCCAUACAGGGGCUUACAGCCACAUUGUACGAAAGCAGCCUCCAGGAAGUCUCAUGAAGGCGAACAAUUUAUUCUCAAUUUGCAUGCACGUCAUAGCAACAGCUGCCUUCCAGGCUGGCGUCUACUUCUAUCUUGCAUCACAGCCUUGGUUUGUACACAAUGUUCCAAAGCCAGGAGAUGAGCAUUCUAUUGUGACAUACGAGACCACAGUCAUAUUCUGCUAUUCUUCAUACCAGUACCUCAUGCUGGCGUUCAUCUUCUCAAAGGGUCCUCCUUAUAGAAAACAUAUCUGGACAAACAUUCCAUUUCUGCUUGCCAUCCUGUUCCUGACAGGCUUCAACACAAUGCUCUUACUCCAUCCAUUUGCUCCUAUUGAAAAUAUACUACAGAUGAAGCACAUCCCUUACUUCUUCUUCAAGCUCACUGUUCUGGGUUUAGUGCUAUGUAAUUUCCUGGUAGGAUUCAUACUAGAGGCCUUUUUACUGGACAGUGCAAUAUUAACUAAACUGUGUAACAGUAUUAAGAGGAAAAAACACCCAAAAAACAAAUAUAAAAGAAUUGAGCAAGAAAUGAGAAUGGAUCCUGAUUGGCCACCAGUUGGUCAGGUGACUUUUGAAGAACCAAUCCCUGGUGGACAAGUUAACAAUGCAAUUUCAGAUAUACUUCCAGGAGACAUUGUAUCAAAUGACCCAUACAUCAAUAGCUAGCACAUGUAGGGGAACAAUACAUUGAACAACACAUGUAUAGAGAAUAAUGCUAGAAGUGUAUGUAAAGAUGCAGCGAUAAAAUGCACAUUGAAUGCAAUAGCUUUUACUUUUGCAUAAAUUAAUAUUCAUAUUUUUUUCUCAAAGGAAUCUAUAUGAUAACACCAUAUGAACUGAAAAAACAUAAAACAGUAGGUCACUCAAGACUACUUUAAGGUAAAAUGUAGUUCAAAUGAAGUCUGACAAAAAUAUAGCCAUAUUAAGCCUUUGAUUAUAUUACAGAUCAGAUAUCUAUCAAAACCUACAAUAUGAAUUGAAUAUUACAAUAUGAAUUGAUUCAUUUUAAAGAGGUGAAUGUUGUAUCUUAUGUCAACACUAAUAACUGUUGACAUAUUUUUAUGGCUGCCGUUGUGUUGAAAUUCAAUGACAGCAUUUAGCAGUCAACAUGUGUAAUAUUGUUACAAUUUAGUAACCAUUUGGAAUAACUUACUAGGUGUGAGAUUUAUCAUGUUGAUAUCUUGUUUAUAUUUAUUCAAAAUUGUUAUGGUCCACUCAUUAAUAGCUCAGUGGUAGAAUGUGUACCAAGUACGCAAAGGUCCCGGAUUCGAUCCCCGGUUCAGGCACUUUACUUGUUGCAUAAAAUACAUCAGGG